AUGCCUUUAAUGAAAUCAAUUCCAAAUGUCCUUUCAACAAGUGUUAACCGCAUGAUUAAAGGCAAACCUCGUCCAACUUGGAAUUAUAAAUUUCAUGUUGGUUUUAACCUAUUUAAAUCAAUGUUAACUGCAACAUUUGAUAAACCAAUUGAAGAAGUUCAACUAAUAAGUAAUUCAACUAAAAUUUCUCCUCCGCCUGGUAUUACCAUAAAAGAAGAUUUAGAAUUAUCUGAUAAUUAUCGUGCAAUUGCUCAAAUUCAUCUUGAAAAAUUUUUGGAUAAAUAUGAUGAUGUUUUGGAUUCAAAAUGGAAAUAUACAAAUGGUCAAGAAUUAAUUGGUGAAUGGGUUUGUUAUAACGAUUUACCAAAAAAACAUCCUGUUGUUUUAUUUUUACAUGGUGGUUAUUUUUGCAUGGGUGGAACUAAAAUGAUUAGAUCUUUCGCAAUUGAAAUUGCAAAAAUAUGUAAAGCUGAAGUUUUUGGUGUUGAUUAUCGAUUAUCACCACAACAUCAAUUCCCUGCUGCACUUUGUGACGCUAUCGCUGCUUACUUAUACCUAAUAAGCCCUAGUGAAGAUGCUGGAUUUGAACCUAUUGAUCCUAAAAGAAUUGUUAUUAUGGGAGAGAGUGCAGGUGGUGGAUUGGCUAUAGCAAUGACUUUGUUUCUUCGUGAUGCCGGAUUACCAUUACCUUGUGGCAUUGUAGGAUGGUCACCUUGGGUUGACCUUACACAUAGUAUGCCAUCUUCAUUAGACCCAAAUCUAAUAAGUCUCGACUUACUUUGUCCGAUGGUGAUGUAUAGACCAAAACCUCGAGUUUCGUCUCCUGCAUGGGAUCAAUAUCAAAAAGAUUCACAAAAACUUGCUGAUGAAAUUAAAGAAAAAAAACCUUCGAUCAUUGGUGAUGAAUCUUUUCAACGAGAUGAACAGAUUCAAAUGUAUUGCAAUAAUGAAGCUCUGGCUAUUCCUUAUGUUAGUCCAUUAUUGGCUGAAAGUUUGGGUAAUAUGCCUCCUAUGUUAUUGCAAGUAGGAGAAGUUGAAAGAAUGCACGACGAAGUCGUACUUUUUGGUUAUAAAGCAACUCAACCACAAAAAUUUAGAGUUCCGCAAUAUUCUACUUCAUAUUUUGAUGAAUCGCCAUUUCAAAAACCAACAAGCAUAAUAUUAGAAGUUUAUGAUGAUAUGCCUCAUGGUUGGCAGAGGUUUCCUUCUGCUGAACAAGCUCAGAUAUCAUUUCAUAGAACUUGCAAUUUCAUAAAAUAUGUUUCUCUAGUAGAAAAUGAUCAAACAACCGAAAAAUCAUUAUUCAAGGGAGUAAGAAUCAAUAGCAAAGGUGAAGAAAGACUUUUAGAACAAUAUGAUCUUGAUGUUUUAAAAUGGGAUAAAGUUGGUAUUGUUCCUGAUAUAACUGAUUAUACAAAUGUCAAAUUUGAUAUUAAUAAUUUCUAG